AUGGGAGAUAAUCUUCUCACAAUGUCAAUGGAGAAUCAUCACCCUUCAACCCACUUGUCUAUGGAUUCAAGUGCCUCGUCUUCACACGAUGAAUUAGACCUUGAGAUGUAUGGCCCAGUUGUUUUAACCCGUCCACCGGAUAUCAAUUUACCCCUUUCAGUCGAUCGAAGCCCCCCUCUGCAGCAGCCUUGGAACCCUGAACACUGUGAUAUUCUUGAUGUUGGAUUAGGUUCCCAAAUGUACGAGACCGAAAGUUUUCUUAGUGUCCCUAAAGUUGGGAGGAAGUGUGCAAAAAGGAUUGAUAGCAUCUGGGGAGCUUGGUUAUUCUUCAGCUUUUACUUUAAACCAGUACUGAAUGACAAAUCAAAAACAAAGAUCAUACGUGACGGUAAUGGAGUUUCUGGGUAUGAUAAAUCUGAUCUCAAGACUGAUGUUUUUAUGGUUCAGCAUGAUAUGGAGAAUAUGUACAUGUGGGUUUUUAAGGAAAGGCCUGAGAAUGCUCUGGGUAAGAUGCAGCUCAGAAGUUAUAUGAACGGGCAUUCUCGUCAAGGAGAGCGUCCCUUUCCUUUUAGCGCUGAUAAAGGUUUUGUUCGGUCUCAUAGGAUGCAAAGGAAACAUUACAGGGGGCUCUCGAAUCCUCAGUGUGUUCAUGGGAUUGAGAUGGUUGCAUCACCCAAUCUCAUGGUUCUUGAUGAAGAUGAUCGAAAAAGAUGGACCGACCUCACUGGAAGGGAAAUAAACUUCACCAUUCCAUCAGAAGCAAGCGAUUACAGUUCAUGGAGAAAUCUUCCAAAUGCGGAGUUUGAACUUGAAAAGCCACCUCCUCCAAUCAAGAGUAAUCCUAAUUCAAACUCAAAGAAAUUGCUAAAUGGAUCUGUGCUAAACCUGUCUACUCAACCAUCUAACCAUGGCAAUGGGGAUGCAAUGGAUCUAUCACCUGUCAGUAGCAAAAGGAAGAAGGAUUUCUUUUCACAGGGGAAUGAUGAUGAUGGUUAUCUGGCUGUAAAUCAGCCUUCUGAUCGAAUCCCUGAUUUGGAAGUUCACCCAAAUGGACCACACUGGCUGAAUGAAUUUAACGGGGUGCUGAGGAAUAUUUAUGGACCUGUUACGGCUGCCAAAACAAUCUACGAGGAUGAACAAGGUUAUCUGAUCGUAAUGAGCUUGCCCUUUGUAGAUCUUCAGAGGGUGAAAGUGUCCUGGAGGAACACACUAACACAUGGAAUCAUCAAGGUGUCUUGUACAAGUACGUCUCGCGUGCCAUUUAUCAAGAGACAUAACAGGACUUUCAAGCUUUCAGAUUCAUAUUCAGAGCACUGUCCCCCUGGAGAAUUUGUCAGAGAAAUUUCACUUUCAACCCGAAUUCCUGAAGAUGCUCAUAUAGAAGCAUAUUAUGAUGGACCAGGAACUGUGCUCGAGAUUUUGGUACCCAAGCUGCGUGAAGGACCAGAAGAACAUGAAGUUCGUGUUUGCUUUCGCCCUCCCCAUGGGAGCAAGGAUCUUAUGUUGUCCUAA